CCGCUCGUGCCGGACUCGGACUCGGCGUCCGUGCAGAUGGACGCGGAGCCCCUGCCGCCGCUCUCGCGGUCGAAUUCGCUACUCAACGUGGACGAAACUGUUGCUAAUGGGAAGGGCGGGAAGAGGGAGAAGGGGAAAGGUAAGGAGAAGGAAAAGGCGGGGCUCAGGGUGAAGGAGGAGCCGGUGAACGUCGCGCUGCCCCCAGCGGACCAGGCGCCUAACGAAGACCACUGUUCUUCAUGCCGGUCUCUCGGGGCGCUCGUAUACUGCGACGGGUGCCCGCGGGCGUUCCACCUCUGGUGCCUCAACCCGCCCAUGGAGCCGGGCGACCUGCCCGAGGGGGACGCGAGAUGGUUCUGCCCCAAUUGCAGUAUUCGCCAGAAUCCGCCCCCGCAGCCGCCGCCCUCGGUUUUGGCGCCCGUCAUACAGCAGGUGCAGACGAGCAUACCGAUAGAGUUCCAGUUGCCGGAUGAUAUUAGAGGGUUUUUCAAGGAUGUGGCGAGUAACGCAAGAGGGGGAUAUGUCGAUGCAUCGGAGAUCAAACAGCCUCGUCUAAAUCGGCACGGACAGCUCGAAGAUCGGGAUCCGUAUCGAUUAAAAGACCGAAACGGUGCUCCCGUUCUGUGUUUCCGUUGCGGCAUGUCCGCUCUGCCAGAUGACGCUGCCGCGCACUCUCCUGCGGUGAAGCGAGCCCGAAAAUUAUCAGGCGCUGACUGCAAAGCCGGCGUCUGGAAGAGUAUCGUGUCCUGCGACUAUUGUGACCUGCACUUCCAUCUUGACUGCCUUGAUCCGCCAUUACCUUCGAUGCCGUCCUUUGGGAAGAAAUGGAUGUGUCCUAAUCACGCGGAACAUGUUAUUCAACCAAAGCGGCGUAUACCUAAGCAUAAUGCACCACCCAUAGAUAUCUCGAGACCAAACCAGUGGAAUAAUGGGAAUAUUGAAAUAAUCCAAUCUGAACCUGUCUCGGCUGUCCCGAAAGUGUCAGUGGACGAGGUCAUGAUCAACGGGCGACGGUACAGAGUUCCAGAAAAGGUCGUUGUGCUUGACUUUUGGAACAAGGUCAAGAAUCACGGCCAGCAUCGAAGAGAAUUCGAAAUACCUAGCACGGCUUCGUCUCCUCUAACAACCCUCAGCGAACUUGACAUGGACGACACUGCGUCUAGCCAUCCUAAUACAGCGCAGCCUGACGAGGAAGACAUCAGAAUAGCCGAGCUACUAUGCGGUCUGAGGGUGACUGCACCACAAGCCGGCCAAGGUUCGUUCACGGUUGAGAAGCAUGAUGCAGGCUCGAGUGCAGUCAAUGGCAACGCUGGGGAUGCAAGUAAGCGGCGGCGUACUGCAGGCCCUUCACAUAAAGCUGCGGCAGAAAAGCCACCAGCGCCUAGAAGGACUGAACGUAGAAAUGCCCGCGCAAGUGCUCCCAGUAAUGUGAAUGAACUGCCAAAGCUUGAGCAGGACGAUACGGAUUACCUUCCAACCGCCGGCCCUAGUAAAGCACAACACGCUCCGGCCCCUCAGAAGACUUCACCAGAAGACGGUGAAGGCUCUGCGCGACCGCGACGUUCAGGGCGUGUACCUCAGCCUCGCAGAAAAUCCCCUAUUCCCACUCGUCUCGCCAGCCGGGAGUCUUUCACAGCAACGUCCGAAGGCAAACCGACACCGUCCGAGAAACCCCUGGCGAAAUCCACGCCUCCCGCUCCUCCUGCGGCACCACCAUCAAUGCCAACCUCCUCGAUAUCUGAAAACCCUCAGCCACAGCCCCCUAACAGCCAAUCCCUGAAGAUCCGACUACCACGAUUAAAUGCUAUCGGUUUGUCCUCCAAUCCUGCACCCCCCUCCGUUUCCGCGCCGCUGUCACAACCGUCCACGAUUAAUUCCGCCGGACGCCCUGAGCGGCACAAAGCGCCGGCGAGCGAGAGUCGGGC